ACCAGAUGUCUCCAAUCCAAUCGAUACUCAAUGUUGCUAUUUGUAUAACUUUUCUCACACUUUAUAUUAAACUUCCAGCACCAUACGACGAUGAUGAAAUACGUUCUUGUUCUGGUCUUGCUGGCAGCAGCGACUGUCACCACAGCAAAAGGUGCGUGUAAAGAUGAACCAGACGAAUCCAAAGGUACCUGUGUGAUCGAUGGCGUCACCUAUCAGUACAAUGAAAGAAUCCCAACGGAUGAUCCCUGUGAAGAAUGUCACUGUCACGACCAAUCAACACCUUUGUGCGUGAUCUCAUACUGCGAAUUGCCAAAGUGCCAACAAGGCUACCAGGUCGUCUUCCCAAAAGACCGGUGCUGCCCUUAUUGCCAGCCCAUCCCUCAACAAGUGACACCUUGUCUGACCAAGUCAUGAAGAGGAUUUUAUCAUCGGCAAAAAACUGAAACACGAAUCAUUAAUAAAAUAGUUUAAUUAUAUUUUUCAUUGUACAG